AUGGACGAUAACACGAAAUUCGUUCAAACAAUGCCAGCAACAAAACGCAACGUUGAAGCAUUAUCACAAGUCAAAUGUGAACAAAAAACUAAGCGAGAUAAAGCUUAUCAGGCAGUUGACGCGGCAGAACAAAAUGGAGAAUCACGUGCAGUCGUCAAAAACCUAAAACUAAAAGCGGAAGACCAAGAACUUAAAUUCGCUGUGUGUAGUUUAGUGACUGAAUGGACAGCACAACAACGUGAUAAGGCAUUGUUAGCAGCUCGUAAAAAAUUGAAGGUAGUGGCAGACAACGUGACUAAAGAUGGAAAAGUUGUCUCUCAUGGAACGUAG